UGAUGGUGUACAUUCAACGGUAUUUUCAAGAAUUGCCAACCAAAGGUCCAAACCGUCUUUCUGAGGCAUUUAAGAUUUUAGAGGAACAAAUACUGACGCCGAGCUUUGUCGAAACAUUGGCCGAAUUAUUAAUUUCAAGCUAUCUAAUUUUGAGGAAGGAAGAUUUGAUAAUGUGGGAAGAAGAUCCAGAAGGGUGGGUUAAUUUUGAUGAGACAGAUCACUGGGAAUAUCAUAUAAGACCUUGUGCUGAAAAGGUUUUUACAGAUUUAAUCACACAAUAUCGUGAUCCUUUAUCAUCAAAAAUGUUGGAAUUACUCGGAAAUGCCGCAUUGUCUCAAUCAAACAAUCUAUUUGUUAAAGAUGCUAUUUAUUGUGCAGUGGGAUUAGGUUCGCACGAAUUAUAUGACGUGCUUGAUUUCGAUUCUUGGCUUGUUAAUAAUUUAUUGAUUGAAGCAGCGAAUAACGAUCCUAGUUUCAAAAUAAUUCGUCGUCGCAUUGCAUGGGUGAUUGGAAGAUGGGUAUGUGUUAAAUUAUCAAAAGAAAAUCGGCCCAGAGUUUACGAUGUUAUGUCAUAUCUCAUAAACCCGGAAGAGGAUUUGGUCGUUAGAAUGACUGCUGCAAUCAAUUUGAGGAACGAAUGGGAUUUUGAUUCGGACGGAUUUGUACUAUAUCUUGACCGUGCAAUCACUUUAUUGACGCGUUUAAUUGGAGAGGUGAAACAAUUUGAAAGUCGCAUGAAGAUUUUGAAUUGUUUAUCUCUUAUAGUAGAGAGAAUGGAUUCACUGAUUGCACCCUUCUCUGAGAAGAUUACAAACUUAUUGCCAACGUUAUGGCAAGUAGCUCAAAGUGAAUAUUUAUUCAAACCAGCUAUCCUAGUGAUAUUGACCAAACUUGUGCAGGCCUUGUGGGAACAGUCUAUAAGUCUUCAUGAAUUUAUAAUACCAAUAAUUCAAUACAGCGUUAGUACCAACACUGAAGAACACGUAUAUCUUUUAGAAGACGGUUUGGACCUUUGGUUGGCAAUUCUUGAAAAUACCGUUGAAU